UUUGGCGCAUUUGCUUUUCCGUAGUUGCGGAAGUAGCGUUUCACAACCACCAGGAUCCCGGCGUGACAUUCACCGGGUUGUCAAGAGUCCGGGGUCGUGUGUAAAAGGGGACUAAGACCACCUAGAGCAGUUUUCGAGAUGAGAGUACUACAAGCUGGUCUUGCUUUGAGCAAAAAGCAUCUCUCAGCACCAGGAAAUGUCACUCUUAAAAAGGUAACGUAGGGUGAUCACGGUGUCCCCGAUUGUACCAGAUUUGGCAUCUACGUCGUGUCGUCUUGCUACCAGUCUCUUGCAUUUCACAAUAGGUAAACAGAGAUAAAUGGACUCUGAUUUUGACCUUGUUUUCUUGUUUUAAUACCCACAGAUUCUCAUAAACAGCUGUAGAUCAUGUUCCUCUGGUGUUUUUCCCAAUGAGAGGAUCCGCAACAUCGGGAUCUCAGCUCACAUCGACUCAGGGAAGACCACCCUGACCGAGCGUGUCCUCUACUACACCGGCAGGAUAGCAGAGAUCCACGAGGUGAGGCCUGGACAGACCUUUAUUUAUCUAUUUGUGUAUAUUUGAUAGGGAUGUGGCUGUAAAGGUCACGUGUGCUGAGUGUUAUUUCAUAUCUCAGGUGAGGGGGAAGGACGGUGUGGGGGCCACUAUGGACUCUAUGGAGCUGGAGAGACAGAGGGGUAUCACCAUCCAGUCAGCUGCCACAUACACCAGAUGGAAGAAUCAUAACAUCAACAUCAUUGACACACCAGGUAACAAACUGUUGUGUCUGUAUUGGCCCUCAGUUCUGUGGUAAUAUGGGAAGAUUUAAUAAUCCUGUUUUAUAAUCUCAUACAUUGGGUUUUGCAUUAAUGAUUCUGUACCCUUUUUGAUCCCAACAUGUCAGUCAACCCCGAUGACCCCCCUUUGAAGCACAGGUUUAUUUGUAAUAGUUGCUAAAAGCCAAGUCAAGAAAACCUUGUUGUUGUCCUCUCUGUGGUUACGGUCAAACGAGGUUCCAGGGCCUUUUCAGGACAUGUGAAUAAGUAGAGUGUUGAAUUAUCUUAUCACACAGUAGCUGUUAAGAACACCAAUACCAAUAAAAUUAGCAUAGAAGCAAAAAAUAUUUUUAUUUUUAUGUGGGCAGGGGAGAGUGGGGUAAGUUGAGCCACCCCCUGUUGCUUGGAAAUGGUAAAAGAUUCGUAGGGAUACGGCUCAACCUGAGACCACUUUUUUGGCAUGCUAAAUUAUCAAGACAGUUAUGUUUACACUCAUUCUGUUGGUUUGCAGGGAUUCACAACAUCCUGAAAUAUAUGCAGAUACACUAGUUAGAGACAAAACUAUGAUUGCCUUGAUCUUACCCCACUUUUCCCUGUCUGAUGUAAGGAGGUGAACAAACUCACUGUUAUUUGUAAGGGGAAUCUGCAGUGUCAGCAUUUAAUUUUACCAGAACUUAUCUUCUCCUAGCUGGACUUACAGUACUUUUUGUGUGAAGGUAGUGCGUGUUGGAAAGUUAUUAGCAAGACUAGUAGUAUUGUUUAAUUGUUAAUGUGUACUUUUUAGUGUAAAAGUUGGAUAACGAUCAUAUUCCACACUUAAAGCUAUUAAAAAAGGAGCUGUUUUUUACUUUUACUGACUGACUCUGUGUUGUUUAAUAUAUGUAGUUACCUCCAUUGAGAGAUGCUACAUCUUUUGCACUGUCCCAUAUGCUCAGCAUCAUAAAUAAUGAUAAAUAUUGAGACUGCUUUGGUGACUUAUACAGUCUCCAGCACUGUACUUCAUUAAUCAAACAGUUUGCCUUCUUUUUUACCAACAUUUUCUUUCAUAAAGUCACCGUCCCUGUUGUUUCCAUCAGGUCACGUGGACUUCACCAUCGAGGUGGAGCGAGCACUGCGAGUUCUGGACGGGGCCGUGCUGGUCCUGUGUGCGGUGGGAGGAGUCCAGUGUCAGACUAUGACAGUGAAUCGACAGAUGAAACGCUACAACGUUCCCUUCCUCACUUUUAUCAAUAAGCUGGACAGAAUGGGUGCCAACCCUGUCAGGGCGCUGCAGCAGAUGAGGUUCGACACACACAUCCUCAUCAGCUUCAUGUUGAGCUUUACUUUGACUCUCUGCACUGCUGGUGUAAUAAUAGUACAUGUAUGACUAUUGCUGCUUUUACACAUGUUUACAGUACUUCCCUUGUGUGUGUUCGAUAUAUACAGCUGGUUAUAUAAAUAGUUGACUUCAUUAUUCCAAAUAACUGUUUUUGUCAGCUGUGGUUUUUUCUUCCUUUAUUUAGGUUCCUCAUUUUAAUCAGUCUUUUAUCUGUCCUUUUUUCUUGUCCUCUUCAGAUCUAAACUGAACCACAAUGUAGCUUUUGUGAACAUCCCCAUUGGCCUGGAGGGGAACAUGAGUGGGAUCAUUGACCUUGUUGAGGAGCGGAGCAUGUAUUUCGAUGGGCCCUUUGGGUGGGUAAAUCCCCCUGUGGUAGCUUCACUGUCAAUACUUUCAUCUCUGUUAUAGUGCAAAAUAUGGACUUGGGGAGUCUUGCUCAAUUUCUCAUUUUCGUCAUCUCUGAAUUUAUAUCUCUGUUUCAAAACUUUGAAGACUCUCUUCCUGAAGAGUGUGAAACCAAAUUCAACUUUUUAUCCUCCCCGCAGUCAGACUAUCCGCUAUGACGAGAUCCCGGCUGAUUUCCGUGCUGAGGCUGCAGACAGGAGGCAGGAGCUAGUGGAGUGUGUGGCCAACGCUGAUGAAACGUUGGGGGAGAUGUUCUUAGAGGAAAAGAUCCCAACAAACGAAGACCUGAAGGUCUGUGUCCUGAGAAGGCACCAUCAGCAUUUUAUGAGUGAUUACGAAACAGUGGCGGUUUGAUACUGAUGUCUCUUUGUGAUAAAGAGUAAACAACAACAUCAGCUAGAGGACUGACAAUGUGACAGAGUUUUCUUUCUUUAAGAAUCUGUUAAUGCUCUCACUGGGUCAGAUUCUUAGAAAGAAAUACACAUUCCUGUGGGAAGGCUUUCACAGUGAGUGGUAGAUUUUGUGUGGAUAGAUAUAUGGUAUAAUUAAAAUUUUUAAAGCUUCUUUGAAAAGAGAGAACAUGUAUGAACCAUUAUAUAAAAUAUAAAAUAAUAUAAAAGCUCUCAAUGUUUUAGAAAUAAGCUGAUAAUGGCUUUUUCUUGAUUUAAGAGGAAAAUACUGGACUGUAUUAACAUCUUUCUGCACACCACUUCCUGUUAAAAAUAUGACCUAUAACUGUGACUCAAUGCCAGUUCUGAAAUAACUUACAGAACUUCUUUUCCAAAGUAUUAACUCCACAGUCAUACUAAGAGCUUGGUGAAGCUUUAUUUGGGGAACAUGGUCUUUGAGCUAAAAGUAAGAUAAGGGUGCUAGUAAACAAACAGUGGCGUAGCAUACACGCUGGCAUGAAGUAGUUUUAUUUACUUAUUUUGCCAUGUUGACCUCCUUAGAUCUGUCAGUGGUUAACUCACGAGGCAAUGUGUGAUAUUACAACAACCAAAGUCAGUAUGAGCCAUGCUAAGGCCACCCUGGAUGCAGAGGAUCAGUGUAAAAGAUCAAUUUAAGCUUAAUCCAGCCCCUAGUUAUUUUUUCAAGGCACUCCCCAAGCCCUCUAAAACCAUCCCUGUUCACCCAACCCUAAAUCUGUGUUGGAAAGCAAAUAUCAUUUUGUUGCCCAGUGCUCACAUCAUCUUCUUUCCUCAAGGCUGCGAUCCGCAGAGCCACAGUGCAGCGUCACUUCUCCCCGGUGUUGGUGGGCACAGCACUGAAAAACAAGGGGGUCCAGCCUCUCCUGGACGCUGUCUUGGAUUAUCUGCCCAACCCCUGCGAAGUCCAAAACUAUGCUAUCCUCAACGAUGAGUGAGUACUGAGCGGGGUCUUCAAUUUCUAAGCACUAAGUUUACUCAGGUAGUAAAAGUAGAUGGCGUUUGAUUCAUAUUGUGUAACAUUUAGCAUUAAAUCAUGUUUUACUUCUGUGUCAGAGAUUCAAGUGAAAAAUCAAAGAUUCUAAUGAACCCUACAAGAGACGCUGAAAACUCGUUUGUUGGUCUGGCCUUUAAACUGGAGGUGAGAAAUUACUCUUUGGUUUUACUUCUGCUUUUUGUUUCCACAGGAUAACAUUUUAAUCGUCCCAUUCUGCUGUUUCCUGUUGUGUUUGUCAUAAACAGGCAGGGAAAUUCGGCCAGCUGACCUACGUGCGUGUGUACCAGGGCUGUCUCAAGAAAGGAGAAUACAUCUACAACACACGCACGAGCAAGAGAGUCAGAGUUCAGAGGCUUGUGCGCCUCCACGCUGACCAGAUGGAGGUGAGAAUGAGCAAACGUUCAGCAGAAAGUCAGCGGUCUCAGUUUUCCACUUGUGGUUUGCAGUGUAAAAAGCAGACUAGCCAGAACUUUGAGGUUCCUCCUUUUCACCAGUAAAGUGUUAAGACAACAACCACAUCCUCUGUAACACCUGAAUGCCAUUUUCCAUCCUUUGGCAUCAAAACAAGACAUGAGGCUUCCAUCAUACGCUGUUACAAACACGUUUAAAUCAGCACAUUCAUCAGAUUUAACACCACUCUCAUGGCUUUCCUUUUUAGGAUGUGGAAGAGGUUUAUGCAGGAGAUAUUUGUGCUCUGUUUGGGAUUGACUGUGCCAGUGGAGACACUUUUACCUGUAGGGCCAGCGCUAACCUCUCUAUGGUGAGUAGGUUAAUUGUUUGCAGCUAAGAAAUGAUGUAGAUGCGGCUAUUUGAAGAGUUUUAAGAUGCGAGCAGAAUCUUGUGUUCAUUUUUUGUCACUUUGUCUCACAGGAGUCUAUUCACGUGCCGGACGCUGUUAUUUCCAUGUCAAUGAAACCUUCAAACAAGGUAAAAGAAAAGAAUAUUACUCAUAUGUAUUAUAAAAAAUCAAUUUCUGCAGAUUUAACUGAGUAACAAUUGUUCUUUCUUCUUGUAAGAACGACAUGGAAAAAUUUUCCAAAGGUAUGAAUCGAUUCACGAGAGAAGAUCCCACGUUCAGGGUGCAUUAUGACACAGAGAGCAAAGAAACCAUCAUCUCAGGGAUGGGCGAGCUGCACCUGGAAAUCUACGCCCAGGUAGAAUGCAACCGAAACAUAAUCUCCACAUUUUAUACAUAAUUUUUUAACAGAAAAUAACACAGUUAUUUUCUGGUUAUGUUUGAAUUCUACUCGACUUUGAUUUGUUGAGUUCGGAGCUGUAGGACUGCAACUGUAACUUUGUACAGUUGGGUCUCUGGCGCCAGAUCAUUAAAAUGAAGCUCUUCUCUCCAAAGCAGAGACAUUUGAACAAACUUUGCACGGAAUAGUUUUUAGUCUUUGUGUUUGAAAACUCUUUAAACUCCAGAUUUCUGAUCUUUUGUGCGUUUUUCUCUUCUCCUUUUUCUCAUUACGUUGUUCCAGAGAAUGGAAAGAGAAUACAACUGUCCAUGUAUAAUGGGAAAGCCCAAAGUGGCAUUCAGAGAGACGAUCACAAACCCUGUACCGUAAGUGUUGAUCUCCUUGCAUACACGCACACACAAAACUGAGGCAGCAGUCUGUAUAAACAGUUUAUUAAAGCUAAAAUACAGUUGCAGCCAAAGGCAUCACAUAACCUUAUUAUAUUUGGUGAGUUUGCUCAGUUAAUAGAAUCUAUCUGAAGUAUAAAAGUUUGUGUUGUUAAAUGGCUUCGCUUUGCUAAUGACGACAGCGUGGUAAAUGUCUGCACCUCAGUUUGAGUUUUGAGGUUUUUCACAGUGAUGACAGUGCGGCAGCUGCUCCAUCUGCAGCACUUUAACUCCCUCUGGAGGAGACCAAGUGAACUGCAGUUUCCAGUGAAUGAUUUCCUGCAAAAACAACAAAGAUUGACAGAUUAAUUCGAGCUGUUAGGUAAUGAAACCUUACCUCACAUGGUGCAUAAUUCGCAAGUGUCAACUCUAUAGCCCCAGAUCACUUAACUGUAAAGUACCUGCAGUGCUAAAAUGUAAGAGCUGGUUAUUCUGACAGGUAAUUAAUAGUUUAAGUUAUCAGGAGGGGGAAAACGGCUAAUGUGCACUCACUGCUGACAGCCGCUUGAAAGGUCGAAAUUGAUCAUUUUUGCUGAUUGACUGAUUAUUUUUGACGUAAUAGUUGUAUUUUUACUUAAAAACGGUUUAAUCAAAGCUACGGUCUUUUUUUAAGAGUGAUGCUGAAACCAACUGACAUGCAGCUUUUAAUAUUAUUACAAUAACAAUUACCUGUGACACCAUGUCGUGCAGCAGUAUGUGACCAUCAAACUUCAGCUGGUCGUUCUCCGUCGCCUGCAGCAGAAGAGACAAAAGAAAGAGGAUGAUAGAGACGCAAAGGAGUGCAAAGCAAACAUAAACCUCUAUAUCCUCAUUUAUAGAUGGAUUAUGAAUAAGAUAAACAUCAGCAAAAGCUCGACACCAAGAGGUGAAACAGCCUACCAGCUGUGUGACGUUGGCAACCUGAGCCAUGUUGUACAGAGUGUUCUCGUUUGAUUCCUUCAGCAUGACGAAGCUUGAGGCUACGAUGCUGAGGUGCCAGAAAGGCCUCAUGUCGUCAUCAAUCCGGCCGUGACUAUCUGUUGGUCAGAGAGGAGCUGUGUUUUAAAGGAUGUUAGUAUUUAUGUUACUCUGUCAGGCUUGGAGAUAUUGUGUAAGCAGAAAACCACUAACAGUUUGUGCUGAAAUACCAAGUUGCUUUAGUUUUGCAGCAGAUGUUGUGUAAUAUCAGAGCUGACCAGAGUAUGCAGAGAGUGUCUGACCGUACAUACCAGGUAAAUAUUGUGCAGAAACCAGGUUCUGGCUGUUCUUAUACUGUUGAUAGAAAGCCUCCUCCUGAGCCGUAAUGUUGACUUUGAGGAGCUCAUCACAGGAGGCCUGGACCUGCGCUGAGCCCUGCCGCUCUUCCCUCGGAAACAAAACUGAUGCAGAGAGUUUCUCUGUAGUCUGUGAGGAUUUUCAAAAUAAAAGCAGACAGCAGAGGGUAUAAAAAAAGGGUGAAAAAAGCAAGUUCGAUAAGAAAGAGAGCUAAGGUGUGGUCCAGAUGUUGCUAUGACAGCCAGUGAGUCAUGAUUGCACCACACUGACUCCUUUAAGUUGCUGUUUAGUUAAGUCUGGCCAGACCAGCUCACACAAAAGCAAGAGAUUAUCCAGCUGCACACUAAAGAAAAACUAAGUGUCUAUAAACACAGUUUGAAUGUAGAAAUAUUGACUUUCUUAGUACCAGCCACACUAUUGUCUGAAAGACCCAAAGUGGGAGCACAAACUUUAAAGUAGUUCAAAGUUGUUAAAAUUGACUGAUUCAAAAAAACAAAAAUCAUACAUUGCUUAUGCUCUCCUUCACGGUGAUCUCCAGCUGAUACUUUCUCCCAGAGUCGACCAGAUCCUGAAAACACAAGAAAGAAACUUGUGUAGUUAAAAGUUUACAGCUGUUGUAUUCUGUCACUGUAAAAGAGAAGAGUUCAGCUGACCUCUAAGUUUCCACUGUGCACCCUCGACAGUCUGAACAGCCUGAAUGGAGAGCCGUUGCGAGUGUUGAGGUAAUGCUGGACGACUUUAGCCGCUCUCUGAGCUUGGUAGUGGUUAGGGUUCAGUUCUCCAGUCGCCAUAACAUCCCCCUCAGCCUCCACGUCUAAGAUCUAGGAGUCAGACAGAGACGAUGGGAGUAAAUCAUAACAGAAGCUGCUGUAAUGAACAGGGCUGUGCUUCUAAUGGACUUUGACCCUCAGGUGUCAGCAGGAGAGGGUUUGUCUGUAGAUAAGAGAAAUGUCCAGACACUAUAGGAACAUCCAUUUAAGAAAGUAGAAGACAGAGAAUACCUGCAAAAGUCUCUCAGAAAAGUAGAACUGAUCAGAAAGCUGGUCUUGCCUGUAAAGCAAAAAGAAAACUGCAAAUCCCUGGUUGUCACCCGGCCCUUCAGGUGGAAAGUUUAUCAGCCCAGUGUUCAGUCUCAGCCGCUCCUCAUGCAAGUGGAAAAACUACUUCCUCUUUCCUCUGACAGCAGAGCUCUGAGAGGACCGCCUCCUUUUUAAAGAGACAGACCAUCUUUGUGUUCAGUCCUGCCUCCUCUGUGGAUCAGCUUCACAGAAAAGCAAUAGGAGCCUAAAGAACAACAGUUAUUCAAUCGAAACUGCCGGCAUGGAUUUGGAUUUGACAUAUUGUUCUCUGUAUUCUCAGCAUCACUGCUAAUGAAGUUUCCAAAGAUUCAAACAAUCCAAAAUGAAUUUGAAAUAUUGAUUUUUUUUUCCUGCAGUUUUGACUUCACACACAAGAAGCAGAGCGGUGGCUCGGGACAGUAUGGUAAAGUUAUUGGAAUGCUCGAACCUCUAGAACCGGAGCAUUACACCAAACUGGAGUUUGAAGACCAGACUAUCGGAACCAACGUCCCCAAACAGUUCAUACCAGCUGUGGAAAAGGUUAAUUUCCCUGGUUUAUAUGUGGUGACAGUCACAGGGUAGCUUUAUAAAUGUUAAAUAUCGUCAUACUUUCCGCUAUAUUCUCUCUGAUUAUUCAUUUCUUGUUUCUGCCCCUCACGCCGCAGGGUUUCAGGGAGGCCUGUGAGAAGGGACCCCUGAGCGGACACAAGAUUUCAGGAGUCAAAUUCCUUCUGGAAGACGGAGCGAAUCACAUGGUGGACUCCAAUGAGUUCUCCUUCACCCGAGCAGGAGAAGGCGCUCUCAAACAAGGUUAAGAUGAACCUGUUAUCUGACUCUUUUUUGUGUAUGUCGUUUCUCGUCUGUUGUUUGUUUGUUUACGCUGAUUUCUAAUAUCUUCUUAUCAGCCAUGGAGAGAGCCAACACAGCCAUCCUGGAGCCAAUCAUGUCAGUGGAAAUCGUGGUGCCUCAGGAGUUUCAGGGCGUUGUGAUCGCUGGUGUGAACCGUCGGCAUGGUGUCAUCUCAGGACAGGAUGGAUCUGAUGGAUACAUGACUCUGUAUGCUGAUGUGAGUCAACUUUAUACCCAAUAAACUUACACCAGUUACACACAGUAUUGUCACUGAGAGUACCUGAUUUGUCUCUGCUCAACACCAUUUAGAUGAAGUAUGUUUCUCCCAACAGAUUCCCCUCAAUGACAUGUUCGGCUACGCUACAGAACUGCGCUCCUUCACAGAGGUACAGUCAGUCCACAACAAUCCAGAUCACUUUGAGCUUUCAGAGGUGGGACACAGAGCUCUUGAGAUUUACCUCGUCCUGAAGUCCACAUAAACCAAGUCAACCAAAGUCCAACAUAAACACUAGACAAAGACUUCAGUUUGAUCUUUUUUCAUUCUAUUUUACAAAGGUGGAAAAACUCCUCAGAGGAGCUUUAAGUCUGGCAGAUGUUGAUGUAAUAAUAAGAGGGAUAUACGGUCUGUAAUAUAACAUAGUCUUGGGUGACCAUACGUCCUCUUUUACCGGGACAUGUCCUCUUUUUGGGGGGCUGUCCGGCCUUGUCUGGCCUGUAGGGGGAGUUUAUAAAAUCCUUCAAAUGUCUGGGUUUUGUAUGGAAGUUUUGAGUUUGUGUAGUUUGGACGACCUGAAAAACCCUCAAAAUUUUGCAUGCAGCUCCACUCCCCCGUAGUAGAGCCCUCUUUUUGGUGAUUCAGAAUAUGGUCAUCCUAACAUAGUCUGAAAUAAAGUCUAAUUCUAGGAGCUGACAGUUAUCUCUGAAGGACACUAAGAUUACAAUAUCAACAUGUUAGUGCUGUGAUGGUCAGAGAGUCUUUAAUGAGGAGAUCAGUCUGAGACUGAAGGACACAGAUCAACAAAAUCACUGUUUACAGAAGAGCAGGAAAACAUAGAUAACUUUCUGAUGCUUUCUUAUCUUCUGAUGUUUUUUUGUUUUUUCAGGGAAAAGGGGAGUAUACCAUGGAGUACAGCAGAUACCAGCCCUGCCUGCCAGUUACACAAGAGGAACUUAUUCACAAGUACUUGGAAGCUACUGGGCAGCUGCCAGCGAAGAAGAACAAGUGGAAGAGCUGAAAUCUCUCAAAUUAGCCCAGUUAUUGAACUCUGACGUGAACACCUUCCUCACCCUCGCCUCGACAAUGAGACGACUUUAAUUUGUAGAGCCAUAAAAGCUGGACAUUUUACUUUCAGACUUACCUGCCACAAGAUUAUAAACACCAGGGUGAUCUCAUGCAACUCAAUCCAACAGCUCUGCCAGAAAGAUAGUCUUAGUAUUUUUUUGCUCUUGUUUUAGUCAGUUGGACAAACUACGACAUUGUGACACCACCAGCCAUCACAUCUUCUUUAGUAUAAUGUUAAAAUUGUCUCCUGUCUGGACGUAACAAAAACUGAAACUGUGGAAGCUUCCUGAAAGUUUGUGGAAAAGCUGUUGUGUUGGAUUUUCUGUACAUUUUCCAGGUGUAUCUAACAUUGUGGUAGGUGAGUACACAGUGUCGUUCAAACUACAAACCAAACGUUUGACCCCUGCUGAAAACAUAUUUAUUACCAUUAUUUUUACUGCAGUUUGACCUCUCAGUUCUGCAGCCAGCAUUUUGCAAAACAGUGGAAAGCUCUGUGUUUUGACUCGGGCUUAUUAUGGGUUUUGUACUGUGUACAGAAUGAUCCGGAUGUUAUGAUGUAUGCAACAAAGAAAUGUCUUUUAAAGAGAACUUCCCAUGUCUCAACAA